AUGGAGCUUGCGUUGCCACGUCUCUACACUCUGCCGCUGUCGCCCAUUGCCACCUCGCAGCCUCCACAUGCCGUCGCCACCCUUAUGGAUCCAAGCCUCGGACCUCUUGAGGAGUCGCCAUCCUCUUCCUCCGCCUCCAUCCCGGAACCAGUUGGCAGUAUAGCUGGGUCUUGGGCUAAGCCAAAUCUGGGUAGCCCAUGGCACGCACAACCCAGUUUAGAUGGGUCGGCACGGGCGCGGCCCACCCCACCUCGCACCGGCCACCUGCCCCUGCAUUGCCUCGCCGCCCCGCUCUGCACCGGCUGCCCGCCCCUGCGCCACCUCCCUGUGACGCUCACCUCCACCCCGAUAGCCCGCCCCCGCCCCGCCGCGUCGCCCGCCCCCGCACUGCCUCGCUGCGCCGCCGCCGCCGCCCCCGCCCCACCCUACCCCGCGCCGCCCGUCCCCGUGCCACCCUACCCCGGCAGCAGGCCCCGCCCCGCCACCCAGCCACACCGCCUAGUGGCCCGGCACGGCCCAUCGUGCCGCAACCGUGCCUGGGUCGGCCCGGCACGAUAUUGUGCUUCAUGGGCCGUGCUGUGGGCCGAGGACGCGGCACACGGGCCAGCACGACACGACCCGUUACAGUAUCCGAACCUAUUGGGCCGUGCCGUGCCGAGCCGGGCCCGUGCUGGGCCGACACGACUGGCUCAUUUGGCCAUCUCUGGUCUCGACUCCCUGGGCGCCGCCCCCCAUGCUGAGGUGUCAGCCCAGGAACGGCAUGGCUAG